AUGGAUAAUAUUGAUUACGCCCCAUCGUUGUCUGGAAUAGCUUUCAUUUCCAGGAAAAAUCCAGUGCCCCUUUGUUGUUCGCUUUUUCUGUUGUUAAUCUGUGGCUUAUCGAAGAUUGAUCUGCGAAUGGUCGGAGGAGGAGAAGAAGAUUCGAGGGGAGUGAGGUUUUACAAGGAUUGUGCUUAUCUUGGGUAUCAGCAUUGUGAUCGAGGAUUGAGGUACAGUAGAGAAGGCGUAUUUUUUAGGCAACAUAUUUCGUGGUUGAUGGAAUCAAGAAUGGACCAGUAUGAGAUCAUGGAGCAAAUUGGCCGUGGAGCUUUUGGGGCGGCUAUUCUGGUUAUUCACAAGUUGGAAAGGAAAAAGUAUGUUCUUAAGAAGAUUCGAUUAGCUCGCCAAACUGAACGUUGCCGGAGAGCAGCUCAUCAAGAGAUGGCUUUAAUUGCACGUAUACAGCAUCCCUACAUUGUAGAGUUCAAGGAAGCUUGGGUAGAGAAGUGGUUUGCUCAACUACUAUUGGCUGUUGAGUAUCUGCAUUCCAAUUUUGUUCUUCACCGGGAUCUAAAAUGCUCGAAUAUCUUUGUUACAAAAGAUCAAGAUGUUCACCUUGGUGAUUUUGGACUUGCUAAAACUUUGAAGGCAGAUGAUUUGGCUUCUUCGGUAGUUGGAACUCCUAAUUACAUGUGUCCUGAACUUCUUGCUGAUAUUCCUUAUGGAUUUAAGUCAGAUAUUUGGUCUCUCGGAUGCUGUAUGUAUGAAAUGGCUGCUCACCGCCCUGCAUUCAAGGCUUUUGCAUCCGAACUGCUUAAGAACCCGUAUCUAAAGCCCUACAUUGACCAAUACCGUCCAGUUAUCAAUUCACCUGAAAAACCAUUUUCCGCAUCUCGUGAGAGCAGCAACAGUUCGUGCAGUGACAGGGACAGCAUGGUAAUAAUGCCGAACGACUCCAAAACUGCAAACUGCAAUCAUCAUAACAAAACCACCACCGAUGAAGAUUCAGCUUCCAUUAAUGGUGAAGAAAACGAUCAUGAUGAUGCCGGGAGACCAGUUCAUGAAGAUUCAGGAUAUAACAACAGAAUAAAGCAGCAGCCCAAGACAAUAAAGAACAUCGUGAUUGCUGUGAAAGACGGGAAAAAUAGAGAGAAUAGUUCUCCCGUGAGAACCCACCAUGCUAAAAGUGGCGUUGUUAACAAUCAAAGAAUAAUUGUGAACUCAGAGUUUUUACCCAUCAGGGAAACCCCUCCAAAGACCAAAGCUAGACACGAAGGGAUUCCCCCAAUGGGCCCCACAAGGCCCAUCACUGAAGAUGGAUUUCCAACAAGGCCCAGACAGAAAACCCAUCAUUCGUCAUGCAGUAGUUCACAGAUAACAAGGGAAGUCAUGCAGCAUUCAAAAAGUCAUCCGAAGAGGAUUCAAACGGAAAGCAGCAACUCGGCAUCUUCCUCCAUAUCUAUCCAAGAGUUGGGCCUCUGUGAUGAUGCAGCCACUCCUUUUGUAAUGCUCUCAUCUUCUCCUGGAAGCACAGAAAUUUGUGAAACUAAGCAGCGAGAAACUGAAGUUGAAAUUAAAGACAACAGGCUCGGCUGCUCAACCCCCUCUUCUCACUCGGAAAGACCCGAAAAUGAAAGACUGGAAAAAAAUUUGCCGCAAGUAUUUUCUGUGAAAUCGAUAAAUGUGGUACAAGAGGCAAAAAAUCCUCCCGAAAACCCCAUCACAAAGGAAAUAGACAUGAAGGCCUCAAAUCCUUCAGUGCAGAUGGAUGAGAGGUCGAUUUCAUCUGAACCGGUAAAGGAAACUUUGGACGUGAAUUCGUGUAGACAGAGGGCAGAAGCAUUGGAGGGGCUUUUGGAGCUUUCAGCAGACUUGCUGCAGCACAACAGGCUGGAGGAGCUUGCGGUGGUCUUGAAGCCUUUUGGGAGGGAAAAGGUGUCGCCUAGGGAUACUGCCAUCUGGCUUGCCAAAAGUCUCAAAGGGAUGAUGCUUCAAGAAGCCACCCGAAAUUCUUGAGUAAUUGUUUUUACGUUUUUUUAUUUUCUUGAUCGUUUUAGUUGAUGUUCGUGGUGUGAUGACAUAUAAUUGAGGGAAUAUUUUGGUUUCACGUUUUCUUUUCUCUUUUUGCAUUUUUGGGUAAUCGUUCUUUGAUUUUCGGCAAUGCACAUGCAUCCUGUGUGUAUAAUGAUAUAGCUUCGUCUCUUCUUCCACUCAUCUAGCCAAAUUAUGAACUUCUUGGUGUGGUUGAUUGUCGAAAAUGCUCACCUACUCAUUGAGGUACAUCUUAGCUCAUGUCUUCUCACAUCUGAUCGGUGUAUUAACUCAUGUACAGAGUCUCAGGAGAGCAGGACUGGGUUGAUUGUUGACAAAGCACUUGUGCUUC